AUGCUGCUCACAAAAUCUGUCGCACUAGGGCAUAUGCAAAUGACCAAUCCAAUACCCAUUCGGAGUCCCCUCAAUGCUGCGCAGUCCAACCCGGACUACUCAUAUACAUCUCCGCUCGACGCAUCGGGCUCAGAUUAUCCAUGCAAAGGUUACGCAAAUGAUGCAUUCACGUCUGUCUCCAACUAUACUGCAGGCAAGGAGUAUACGCUGUCGUUAGAAGGCACCGCCACUCACGAGGGUGGUUCAUGUCAGAUCGCGCUGUCGUACGAUCAGGGGCAAAACUUCCAUGUCAUCAAAUCUAUUCUGGGAGACUGUCCCCUCGCAAAAAACUAUGAGUUUCGAAUUCCAGAUAAUUCCCCAAGCGGACAGGCACUUCUGGCAUGGACCUGGUUUAACAAAGUGGGGAAUCGCGAGAUGUACAUGGAUUGUGCGCAGGUCACUAUACAAACUGACCGACACCCCGGCCAUCCUCAAUCCGUCUCACAGACUGCAUUUGAAGACCUUCCACCAAUUUUCCUGGCCAACAUCAACAAGGAAGGCCAAUGCCGGACGAAGGAGGGGGAAGCGGUCAACUUUCCCAGACCGGGACAUGAUGUUGAGGGAUCUUUGGAUUCUGCAGGCUAUGACUGCACCGAGGCUGCACCAUUUCGCGACGAUCAGGGGGUGUCUCAAAUUCAUUCCACAAGCUCGUCCGCCGAAAUGGUGGCUACUGCGAUCACCCGCACCAAUAGACUACCUUGCGCAAUGCCAACGCCAGGGCACACUCACGAAAUGCAAUCAAUGACAGCAACGACAGCAUUUUCGCCAUCAAACGGAGCUUCUCAGAAUUCAGUAUCAAGUGCGCCUUGUGUCCCUGGAUCCAUAGUCUGUUUGAAUGAUGGCCAUUCGUUUGCUUUGUGUAAUUUUGGGACCCCUGUGCCGAUGGGAGCGGUUGCAGCGGGGCCCCGAUGCAUCAAUGGAGCAAUUCAUGCAGAGAAAGACAUGAGAAUUGGGUAA